AUGAAACGCAAAACGGCGGAACGUUCGAGAUUAACUUCGCACGGACAUGUACGUUCUGCAUCCGUGUCAGCCGCGUGCGCGGCAGAAGCCCGGCCGGCGGGUGUUUACGCGCGGGUCCCGCUGAGCGGAGCCAGCUGCGAGCCGUUCGGCGAACGCGGCGUGCGCAAAACAAGCGAGCGUUUCCCGCGAACGGUGAAAUUUUGCGGUAACCGCUCUCGAAUGGCGCGGGAGCAAAACAAACAUUCGCCCGACUCGGCUCGGGCGCAAGGCCGCGACGCGAUUGGUUCCGAGAAGCGGGCCGCGGGCUCGAUGCUCGGCGGUCGGAACCGCGGCCCAGUGUACCGAGACACCCGCAAUUAUACCUCCCUCCUCCCCAGCCCCUCCACCCCGCCACCUCUCCCCUCGCCUCUACGAACCGCACGGAUACCCUCA